UUGAAGGCCAGCCAGUAAACUGAAGUCUUUCAGCACCGCAGUUGGUCGCCAUUGUUUUGUAGCUACGAGCUAACCGUGUUUCAUGUGAGCUGCUGGUCAGACGGGUUUUAUGCUGAGCUGUAACACUGGGUUAGUGCUGGGCGGGAGCUAACAGAUGAAGAGACAGCAGCCUGGAUGGAGAGGAUUUUAGAUCUGCUGAUCAGGAACAGACAGAAAAACAAACCAGAUCCUGUUUACAGUGUCAGCGAUCAGCUGCAUUUAUCAGGAAAACCUGCAAUGGAAUCACGCCGCAAAUUCUGGAAGUUACGAGAAAAGGAGAGACAAUCAUGUCUCACAAGGAAAAAAACACAGCACAAGGAAAAGACUGUCAAGAUUUCAGUUGCCCUUAUGUAUUCUGGGAAUGGAACCUUAAAACCUGUAAGAGGAUCAGCCCUCCCCCUUGCAGUGAAUCCAGAGGUUGAUGCUGAGGGUUUGCACAAAGCUGMGGUACAAAAAGCGAAGGGCUUCCAUAAAGAGUUGGAAAAUGCUUCCUGUUUUUUACUCUAUCCUGAUGGCACAAGGAUAAUCAACAUUCCAGGAACACAGAAGCCAUUCACUCUGAAAGGUUUCAAACAUGCAGUGGGGAAGGGUUACCAUCGCAUCACAGUAUACGUUUGUAGAGAAGAGGAUUAUUUUACCCAUUAUCUGUCCAGCUCAAACGCAUCAAAUUCAGAAGCAAUCAUUACAAGCAGAAGCGUUGUAGAGCUCAAUGCAGCUGAGACAGUGCAGUGGAAUCAUGCUUUGAACUGUACCAGCAGUGAGAACAGAGUGCCACGCACUGAUUUGGAAGAGAAACAGAUUUUACUUUCGGACCCAGAAGGAGGGACAUCAUCAUCAAAGGGUGCCAUAGAAACCACUAGCUAUAGAGUGAAGCAGCAGAGCUCAGAGGUUCCCAGGUCUCAGUCUGUCCAGCAGCAUCAGACCCAGCUGGACUCCAUAUUUCUG